ACACCAUACUUGAGUGUCCUAUGCUUCAGCUGACCGCUUGACUCUCUCUCUCUCUCCCUUCGGUCUUACCAGCUGCAGCAGACCAUUUCCCUCUCUCUAUCGCAACCACCCCAGGAUCUUAAUCUUCUAAAAUCCAGCUGACCCAGUUCGAUAAAGCUCUUCCGGUGAUCUUCCAUCGAUACAGAGAGCGCGAGAGCGAGGGAGAUAGAGCGCGAAGUUCGAGGGGUAAUCAAUCAAAUGGCGUCGUCCGACCACAUGGCGAGCGUUGACCCCUGGAUCUUUUCUCGUCCCACCUUCAUCGACCCCUGGUUCACCGAAGCCUACUCUCGCGACACCGAGUCCCUCACCAAAGCCCUCCAGAAAUCCAUCUCCUCCGCCGCCGCUACUACCACCACCACCUCCAACAACUCCAACAACUCAUCCGACACCCUCACCCCCGACGUCGUCUCCCCCUUCCUCAAACACCACCCCGACCCCGCGCCUUCUACCCCUGCCUCCGCUCUCUUGGGGUCCGACCAGGAGGCCACGGCUUCGAAGCGGCAGCGGGUCUCCGUCCCCGGCGCGUCGGGGAAGGUCUCGAAGCGGAAGUCGCGCGCCUCCAAGCGGUCGCAGACCACCUACAUAACCGCCGACCCGGCCAACUUCCGCCAGAUGGUGCAGCAGGUGACCGGUGCUAGGUUCGUCGGGGCGGGGCUCCAGGUGUCGGCCCCGAUCCUCAAGCCGGAGCCGCAGAGGCCCUGCGGCGGCCGUUUGGUCGCCGCCUCCGUGGCGAGCGGGUGCUUGCCGACGCUCGACACGUCGGCGUUUCUGCUGGACCACCCCGCCGUGAGCCACCACAAUCAGCAGCAGCAGCAGCAGGAGAUGGCCGACGUGGGUGGCGCGGCGCAGGGACAGAUGUCAUUUUUUGAGGCGGCGGAUGUGGUCGGCGGUGGCGGCCCAGGUGGCUACGAUUUCGGGUCGUUCGCGGGGUUUCCCACUCUAGAGUCGUGGAGUGCUACUGCCAUGUGACGGAUUAAUUUUAGCCCUUUUUUUAUUUAUUUUUUAUCAGCCUUUUUUCUUUCUGUUUUUCCAAAUCGCCUCUGUUUUGUCGGUA